AUGCUCCUCCCAUCCUUCCUGACACUAUCACUAUCCCUCAUCACCUACUCUCCCCUCGCCUCCGCCUCCGCCUCCUCCUCCCUCAGAAUCACCUCCUCCAACCACUCCUUCGGCGGUGUAAACUACCCCCAACUCCAAUUCCUCACCCCCACCCACCGCGACGCCACAAUCCGCGAAAUCAUCAAAAGCGGCGCCCGCGUAAUCCGGCUCUUCAUCCGCCCAGAUGCCCAACACCCAGAUCCCGAAGGCGAGAUAGGUGGCUUCGACAAGUCGCUGCUCGACCAAUUCGACGACACACUAGCAGCCAUCCACCAUUUGUCGAAAGGCCAGAUGAAAGUCAUCAUCGCACCGCACGACGCACAUGCGCUCCGGGGUACAAAUGAUGUGUCGUGUGACGCCUACUGCCAGAAACUCGAUGGUGCGUUUCUAGACUUUUAUAGUAAUGAAGAAUAUCGCGACUUGUAUAAACAGCGCCUAGAAGUCUUCUUCACACACUACCCCUCCAAGAACUUUGACGGACGGCCCUGGAGCACGCUCUCCGAAGUCAUCCUAGGUGUAGAUCUGCAAAACCAGCCUUUCUCCGGUAUCUCCCCUAUCCCCUCCGGCGAAUCCUGGCUCUGCGACAUCGCCUCCUAUCUAAAAUACAGCAUCAACCUCGACGCAUCCAACAUCGCCGUCAUCAGCGGCGGCGUCUCAGGCGCCCAGUCCAUUUCCGGGACUGAGAAUUUUCCGGAUAGCGUGUUUGACUGCGGGGCUAUUGAUGUGAUUGGCAUCCAUGGCUAUACUCCCACCUAA